AUGUCUGGGACCAAACAAUUCAAGUGUGUGUGUUUGUGUGCAUGUGUGCAUGUGUGUGUAUGUGUGUAUUCAGCCUGUCAGGAGUUUCCGGACUCUGAUCCAGAUGACACCUCAGAGGAGCUGACAGAGGUGGUGUGUCUGGAGUCAGACCUGCAGGAUGGACAGAUGUUGGAGGUUGAAGUGGGACAUCACAGUGUGCUGUUGACACGCAGUGAGGGCAAAUACAGUGCCAUCGGUAACCAGUGUACACACUAUGGCGCCCCACUCAGCAAAGGGUUUAUUUCAGGCAACAGAGUGCGCUGCCCGUGGCACGGCGCCUGUUUCAACGUCCAAACAGGAGAUCUGGAGGAGUUUCCCGGCAUGGACUGUUUACCUUGUCACAAGGUCAAAAUUCAAAACAGCAAAGUCUAUGUGUCUAUAAACAAAAGGACUCUGCGGCAGGAGAAAAGAAUAAAGAAUAUGGGAGCUGCAGUACCAGGAGUCACUCACACUGUUCUCCUGCUGGGAGGAGGGGCUGCGUCGUUGAUCUGCGCUGAGACUCUGCGGCAGGAAAACUUCAGCGGCAGGAUCAUCAUGGUCACCAGAGACGACCUUUUACCUUAUGACAAAACCCGACUCAGCAAGGUAAUGAAUGUCGAGAGCGACAGUAUUCUGCUGAGGAGGAUGGAGUUUUACCAUCAGUACGACAUCGAGGUGUGGCUCAGGAAAGAAGCCCUGUCUGUGGACACAGACAAGAAGACGGUCUCAUUUGAUGACGGCUCAGUCCAGAGCUAUGAUCAGCUCCUCAUCUCAACGGGCUGCAGAGCAAAAGGUCUUGAUCUUCCUGGCAUGAAGCUGGACAACGUCAGGAUGCUGGAGACACCAGAGGACGCCCGGCAAAUCCACUCAGCCUGUCUGGGCUGCAACGUCGUCCUCGUGGGAACCUCUUUUGUUGGCAUGGAAGUCGCAUCUUAUUUGAUAGACAAAGCUUCCAGUAUCACAGUAAUCGGCAGCAGCGAGCUGCCGUACCAGAAUACACUGGGUCCUGAAAUCGGCAGAGUCACCAUGAUGAUGCUGUCGGAGAAAAAUAUAAGAUUCUUCAUGAACGAUAACGUGACAGAGGUCAGAGGUGUGAACGGCAAGGUGAAGGAGGUCACGCUUAAAAGUGGAAAAGUUAUACCAGCUGACGUUUUGAUUGUUGGUAUCGGCAUCAUUCCUAACUCAGAGUUCCUUCGGGGCAGUAAAAUACAGAUGGACUCAAAAAACUUUGUGACAGUCGACAAGUACAUGCGCACCAACAUCCCCGAGGUGUUCUGUGGAGGUGACCUGGCCACCUUCCCCCUGGCGAUGGCCAAAAACCGGCUGGUCAACAUUGGACACUGGCAGAUGGCGCAAGCACAUGGGAGGAUAGCAGCUCUGAACAUGCUGGAUAAACCAACUGAACUCAAUUCAGUUCCUUUCUACUGGACCGUCCUACUGGGUAAAACCAUCCGAUAUGCAGGCUAUGGGGAGGGAUACACUGAAAUUGUAAUGAAAGGAAACUUUGAGGACAGGAGGUUCCUGGCAUUGUACAUCAAGAAUGAUGAGGUCAUAGCGGCAGCAAGCCUAAACUACGACCCUGCGGUGUCUGCGGUAGCUGAGAGGUUCGCAGCAGGAAAAGUCAUCACAAAGAGAGAAGCUCAAUCGGAUACCCUUAGCUGGCUGCAGCUGUCCUGAUCUACGCUUUCCUCCGCUCGUCUGCUUCAGCACAUCAUCAUCAUCAUCAUCCGUACGACGCUGACACUCAGCCAGACCGUGCUUCAUCGGUCUCUUCGUCAACCCGCCGCCCUCACCGAGGACAAAGCGUUUCAGAGACGUUUGAUUCGGUAGAGACAGACUUCACUGAUGGUGUCACGAAGAAAUUUUUACAGUUCAGUGUUUUGGAUGCAGGUUGUGUGGAUUCAAACUGUCCGUCAUACAGUCAGUGUUCAUGUGAGGACGACUCCAACAUGCAAACAACAGAUACCUCAGACGCAUGCAGAUUUUUGGGACUUUUAGCUUCUUUUUAAAUCUUAAUAUUUUUUAUUAUUUUAUUAGAUUUUUUGUUUUAACUUUAUGGCUUUAUGUCUAGGGGGGGGGAGUAUUUCAGUUAACAGUCCAGAGAUGUCACAUUUAAGAUGCCUCAGUAUGUUUCUCUGCUUUCAUAUUUAAAAAGGUGGCGUAAGCUGCCUUUUACUUGGAUGGGGUCGCUGGAAAAAAACACAAGUGACCUUAAUGCCCACUGCGGCUGUGUACGUGGUCUGGUCAGUGAGUGGGAGGGGGGAUUAGGAGAACAGAGGGGGGAGCGUUCAGCCCUUUGAAGCAGAGAUGCUGAAAUAGGCAACGGUGACAAAACACACCAACAGGGAACAAUAGGCCUUUCGACAGACAGCACACACAGGCGGUGUGACAAAAGAAAUGCUGCGUUUUUCUCUCUUUCCCUCCAUCUCUGCUGGUUUAUCACUGUUUUUUUUUUUUUUUUACUUCACACCUCUCUUUCCACCUCGCCGUGUACUUUUAGCUUCACUCUCAGUGCCCUUCCUGUCCACAGUACGCCUCAGUUCACUGUAUCCACCGUUCAACUGGUGCCAGUUAUUAUAUUUUAGGUUUGCAGGCGUCAAUGGCUUAUAUUUUGUACAAAUGUUGUAUGUAAAAGAUUUGAACUUUUUUUUUUUGCCAAACAUGAUGAGACAACUCGUUUUUCUUCCUUGUAAGGAGCAAGUUUAACAUUAUUUAGAUGAUGAUCUGCAUUUAAACUUGAUUCACACUCAUGUUAAUGGGAGUGAGGA